AAUCACCUCUUGAGCGCUCGUGUCCGAGCUGCGCACCAGUUGAGCGCCAAAGUCUGCAGCGGCGACACGCUCGAGGAGCGCGACACGUGGAGGACUCGACCGAAGCGGAUCUCCCUCGUGGUUUCUGGUUUGCUUUUAUGAAGUGAGCCCACUGGUCGGAGCUGCAAUAGCGUUCGCGAGAAGUUCACAAUGCGGGCUACUUCCCAAUCAGCUUUUGGGACGACGAUCCGUUUGGCUCUGACCAUGGCGCUCCUGGCGGCAUGCAGAGCGUCCGAGUACGAGUAUCUGAGCUGGAAGUCGGACUCGUACAACGGCGGGCGCAGCUACGGAAAGCCCCCGCAGUGCGUGGACAUCCCGGACGACCUGCGACUGUGCCACAAUGUGGGCUACGGUCAGAUGCUGUUGCCCAACCUGCUGGAGCAUGAAACCAUGGCCGAGGUGAAGCAGCAAGCCAGCAGCUGGGUGCCCCUGGUGCACAAGAACUGCCACCCCGGCACGCAGGUAUUUCUCUGCUCGCUCUUUGCGCCCGUGUGCCUGGAGCGGCCCAUCUACCCGUGCAGAUGGCUGUGCGAGGCCGUGCGGGACGGCUGCACCCCCAUCAUGGAGGCCUUUGGCUUCCCCUGGCCGGAGAUGCUCACCUGCGACAAGUUCCCGCAAGACGACGUGUGCAUCGCCAUGUCUCAGCCCAACGCCACCGAAUCCACAAAGCAGACAGGUUACUCUCCCAUUUGCCCUCCAUGUGACAAUGAAAUGAAAACAGAUGCCAUGCUGGAGCACAUGUGUGCCAGCGAGUUUGCUUUUAAGACCAAGAUCAAGGAGGUGAAGCGAGAGAACAUGGACCGCAAGGUGAUCUUUCAGAAGAGAAAGAAGAUGCUGAAAGCAGGCAACCUGAAGAAGAAAGACACGAAGAAGCUGGUGAUGUACUUGAAGAAUGGCGCAGACUGCCCAUGUCAGCAGCUGGACAACUUGGGGAACCACUACCUUAUCAUGGGCCGGAAGGUUGACAAGCAGUUCCUGCUCACUGGCAUCCAUAAGUGGGACAAGUCCAGCAAAGAGUUCAAAAAGGCCAUCAAGAAACUCAAGACCCACAAAUGCCCCGCCUUCGAGAAUGUCUUCAAAUAAAAUGACCUCCCUCCACAAUUAGUCACCUCUCCUCCUACAUAUGAACUUGCACAAGCAUUAAACUCUGAAACUUUGCUUUUUUAUUGUCUUGUUUAUAUCUAUAUAUCUUUCUAUGUUUACACAUAUCAUUUGAAAUGUCCCUUUUACUGUUUUGAGUGAGUGAUGGCAUCACAAAUUGAAGUUUAUUCAUUUCUUCAGCUGAGAAAACUACUCUCCUGCAUCUUAAUUUUGGCAACGUAUAUGUAGAUGCUUUCUCAAAUUUUGAUAUCCUACAGGUCAGCCUAUUUUGCUUGAAGGUAAACAUUUUGUAAGAUCAUUUCAACUGGGCGGCACCCGUUAGCACAUCUGCCUCACCAUUCUGAGGACCGGGGUUCAAAUCCCGGCCCCGCCUGUGUGGAGUUUGCAUGUUCUCCCAGUGCCUGUGUGGGUUUUCUCCGGGUCCUCCAGUUUCCACCCACAUCCCAAAAACAUGCAUAGUAGGUUAAUUGAAGACUCUAAAUUGCCCGUAGGUGUGAAUGUGAGAGUGAAUGGUUGUUUGUUUAUAUGUGCCCUGUCGCUUGGCUGGCGACCAGUUCAGGGUGUGCCCCGCCUCCCGCCCGAAUUCAGCUGGUAUAGGCGCCAGCACGCCCGCGAGGAUAAGUGGUACAGAAAAUGGAUCGAUGGAAUUUCAACUGGCUCUGUCUUCGUUUAUGUUAAAAGAAUGCAAUGAUAGUUAACAUUUUGUAAUGAUCAAGCAUGGGUAACAGCUUGUUUGUUGUUCAUUUCCACAUUUUUUUUGACACCCAAAAGGGAGCCUGUUUUUUAUAUUCACAUCCAAACGAUCAAAAAUAAACUAAAUGAUUAGUAAAUGAUUAUAUUGUUUGCAUUUGGAGCUCCAACAAUUCAGAGCACAUCACACGUUUUCUAAGGAGAAAAGUGAACAAUGACCGAUGCCAUGAGAAGAUUCUGUUGUUGAGAUAAAGCCACUUAGCUUGUUUUCAUUGUCAUGCUUCUUACAAACUCUCACAGAAACCUUAAUUCCAAUCACAACAUAUUUUGCCAGGGUGUCACUUUUGACCAAAUAUUAUGUGCCUCUAGUGCAACUUUGUAUUUGUAGUAAUCAUUAUUAAGCUGAAUUGAAAUUGUUUGCAGUUUGACAUGUUUUCACCUGAAAAAGUGUAAACUGUUGUCUGAAGUGUUUUGUUUGAUAUUGUUGGUCUGUUUUAGCACUAUUUUGUGUGCAUUUCUGACUGUUACGUGUACAUACAAAUUUUACAUAAAUAAGGAAACCCUAAA